CUAUUUUCACGAAAAUAUGAGAAUGCCUUUCAAUUGUCUGCACUAUAAAACCUUUAUACAGUUAUUUAAGCAUUACUCUAAAACUAUAUGUGAUUUUCCAGACAAGAAAGGUAAAUAUUGUUUUUAUUGUAUUUUAAAGAUAUCUCACGUCCCUUGACAAAAUCGAUAAUGGUCUCAUCCAAAGAUGGCCGCGAUAUCUGUCAACGAGAAGUGAAACUUUCCCUUAAGAAUAGGAAUAUACCCCGUUAAUUAACCUUUAUUUGUACUAUUUUGCUCUAACUGACAUCGAUACUGUUUUACCGGACACAUAUUAUUAUGUCUUUCUGAGUUGUUAUUUCGUCCGACGCCGUUUUGUAUUGAAUAGCAUUCCGCCUUGCCCAACUGCUCUCUUUUAAGUGAGCUAGCCGUCCAGCUAACCGCGAGGAGAUUCCAGUCUCCAGGAAUAAUUUCUCGCACAUUUUUCUACUCUGUCGCGCUAUAUAACGCGCGACACCUCGUACCGAUACUGUGUCGUACGUGUUCCUCGCUCAAAGCGGGUUUUAUCGCUAGAGACGCUCGCGAGGUAGUUGUCAGUCUCAGCGCUUCCGUCUACAUCUUGACGUCACUCGCUUCCAAUUAAGUUUGAUGUUUUUCCAUGAGCACCCUGAGGAGAGGACUUUGAUUUGCUUGUACCUUCUGGCCUAGCAAAUCAAUGGAGAAGCUUCAAGACCUCAGCCAGUCCGAGUUGCAGAAUUUGCUGGACAACUCGGAGCGGGUGGAGUCUAUGGCACUGGAGUCUGAUGAGAGAAGGAGGACGAGUGUGUUGUAUUGUUCAUCAUAAUGGUACUUACUUCUGUUUAUCCUGGAUGCCGCAACCUAUAUCCAUCUUACUUUACAGACCGAUCGUUUCACUUCUUAAGACCUCAGUGAAGCCACCUGAGCCACAGAUUCAGAACAUUCAGCUGGAGAGGGAGAUGGCUCUGGCUGCCAACCGCAGUCUGGCCGAGGAAAACCUGGACAUGAAGCCCCGUCUCGAAAAUGAGAGGGCGCGACUGGUGGAGAAAUACACUGAACUGGAGGAAGUGAGGGAGAAAUACAAACAGCACUGUGUCCUGAGAGACAGUAUCAUGGGGCAGGUGUCUCCGGAGGGCCUGUUGUCUCGUCUGCAGACAGAGGGCGCCAACACAGAGGCAGAAUCAGAGGUUCUAGCAGAUGAGUUUCUGGAGGGUUCGAUAUCACUGGACUCCUUCCUCGAACGUUUCCUUUCCCUUCGCUCUCUCGCGCACAUGAGACGAGUGCGCAUUGAAAAGCUGCAAGAAAUUCUCUGCCAAAAAAGCAAAGGGAUAGGAGAUGCUACAAUGACAUCACAACCCUGUACCAAUCAGGAUGCUGGAUCAUCAUCGCCGUGGCAACAACAGCAGCCUCAGCAGCAGCAGAGCUCCAAAAUCAAUGCACCCUCCAAUGCCUCCAGUUCUGCUCUCCCCUACUCCCCCUACCCCGUUGCUCCCCCCUCAGCCUCCACAGCGGGCACCACUAACCCUAGCACAGCGUUUCAGCCCUACCCCAGCCAGGGUGCUCCCUUCCCUCCAUCGACAGGCUACUCCGCUCCCAGGCCUGCGUUUGGUGCUCCCGCUUGCCCAUACCCCACCCAAGCCCCAUUUCCUGCCCCACCGUUUGGGCAGUUUGGUCCCACGCCCGCUCCGUACCCCGCUCCAUACCCGUAUGGAGGGUUCAGCUACCCCACAGGCCCCCAUGGGCCACCAACCCAAUCACCCACAGGUAGACCGCUUUAUAGGCCAGGUUUUGGGGUACCACAACCAUACUCCUGAGCCACUGUGUGUGUCUGUCUUUCUCUUUUUCUCAUCGUCCUCCCUCUCGUCUCUUUCCCUCCUUUCUCCUCCUACUCUGCCUUUUCCCUACCCUCAGAUUUGUGGUUUGCGUACCCACGUCACAUCCUGUUCCUGUCUGAGGCUUAUAAAGACACUUGAGAUUGAGCGUGUGCUUGUUUCCCCCAUGAAACCUCAGUCAGAGACUCAAUAUGGGCGGCACAGUCUUAAACGGCUCAGUUUCUGUCCAUUUUAAAGCAUGUUUUCAAAUCGGUUUGCAAAAAUUGAUAUAUUGAUUAUGUUCAAUGACAAGAUGCUUUUUUUUUUUUGUUUACUAACAACAUUGUGUUACAGCUCAGCCUAAUUUGGCUGUUUUUUUUUGUUUUUUCCAAGCAUUUUGUCAUCAUUCUGCUGAGACAAACACACCACACUACAUGGAAGCGUUACAGGCUCAUUCUUUUGUCUAUAUCGACCCUUGUUGACAGUGUCAAUCCAGAAAGCACAGCACCAUUUUACAUUAUAUCACAGAUGAAAACUCCUUAAUAAAGCCGAGCUUAUUCUUUAUCAUGAAUAAAUUUAGACAACUUCCAUGUGUGCAGAUUUGAAAUCCAUGUCAGUGGGUGCAAUGCGCCCUGUUACAAAUGCUUAGUGUACCAAUGCACCGAUCAAUCACUCCCAACCCUCUCGAUACCUCUUUUGCUCCCUCUUUUUUCCUUUACACCCUUACACUCCAUUUUUUUUUAAAUAUCACUCGACACUGAUCAGAUGGAAUAGUCACUAGUAGGGACAGUGUACUAAACAAAUUAAGCUAAUAUUAAAGGGAAAGCGGAGAACAAGGGAUAUUAAUAUAGACAUAUCUAUCUGCUAUAGCACAGGAUUUAAUGGGGCAGGUGAAGCAUAACAUAGCACAGAGCAUAUGCAAAGAAAAUAGACGCUACAUAACAUGCUUACGUUAGUAAAUAUAGCAUACAGCAUCUACCGUUAAGGUAGAGAAAACCUUUUGUGGUAAAACUAUGCAGACGAAUGCGUGGCUGCAUAUUUUACACUUUGAAUUUAGACACAGUGAGGCACAGCCAGCCAGUCAGCCAUAACGUGGUUCGGACUGGAUUCAAAUCGAGAGCGUUUACACUAUUUUGUGGUUUGUUUUGAGCCCACCUUCAGAUUCUGCCACAUAAAUACCCCACUAGCCUCCAAAAACAAAGGUCUAGGCCUAACCAACAAAACGGCCUGUGCGUGUCAUUAUGAGGUGUUAUUUAGUUCUGUAAAAGCCCCACCUAACUGAGGAGGACCAUGUGAAUCACACUAGCACUCCACACUAACAACCCCGAACUCUUUGGCAACAGGAGCUGGGAGCGGGGCCUUCGAACUGACCGCUUUAGAAUAGGCGUGCGGGGUCACUCUUUAUUUUUGUACUUUAAAGCAAUUCAAAACCAGAGGCAUCCUCAAUCAAGCCUCGGGUGGCUUUGUCUAAUUCAUGAACUCAGUAAUUAAGACUCAGGUUUGUAGCAAAACCCCCACGUUUAAGUUCCCUCCCCAGCACCUGGAGCGAGGGAGAGGGGUGAUACGACACGAGGAUGAGAGGAAAAAAAAAAAAAAAAAAAAACGGGAUGAAAAUUUUAUUAGCACAUUGAUUUGCAGCAUUAGAGGAAAGAGAUUCUAUUGCAUUGGUUGUGAUGACUGUAGCCUGUUAAAAGUGUAUUUUUAUUUUUAUUGUCCUUUUUUCGGGUGUGAAUAUUAAACACUGAAGUUGAUCUGA